CACUUUACAGGCACGAGAGAGCAGGUUUCCUUACGGCUGCAACUUGGACAAAGUUCCUGUCAACUAUAUUGUUACCUGGAGCGGUAAACACCGUGUAGGAAUAAAUUCGCUCUGUGAAUCUGAAACAAAAACCCUCAGCUGAACCGGACGUCAGCGGUUGCGUCUAUGUUUUCUUCCUCUUUCCCUCCGCCUCUGAUCUUCCUGAAAACACCUGCGUGAUUCAGGUAACUCACCGAUGAAGAGGGAAGUCCUUGGAUCCUGAGCAGUGAAAAGUUUUUCCGUCAGGAUGUGUUCCAGUCGAGGUAUAUGCGGCGCCAACAACCGUCCCAGCAGGUCUUCCAGCUCAGAGGGCACUGGUUCAGGCGCCCAUUAUGCCCUAUGCGCCCUGGGAGUCGGACUCAUUGCACUGGGUAUUGUCAUGAUUGUGUGGACCGUGAUACCCAUGGAUGGAGAGGCCCCAGGUGAUUCCCCCACUCCAUCGUCAGGCAACUCCACCACAGGGCCUGGGAGUGGGAAUGGAGAUGCAGAGAAAACAGACAACACAAAGUCUUCAUCAGUCGCUAUGGUGCUGGUUGGAGUUGGAGCAGCCAUGCUGCUCUUGUCCAUUUGCCUCGGUGUGAGGAACAAGAGGAGAGCAAGCAACAGAAAUAACCAGCCAGUGGCAACGGGAGUCCCCUUCAUGGACCAUGUGGCUGGGCAACAGGAAGAGCCAGCUGCUGAUCCAGUUACGUAUGACGUGCCGAGCUAUGAGCAGGUCGUUGGCAGUGGCGACUACCCCGUCCGUCAGAGUAACCUUCGCCACAGCACCUCCCAGCUGCCGUCCUACGAGGACAUCAUAGCAGCCGUGGAAAAUGAGGGAACAGAGCCCACGAACAAUCCCACUGAGAACACCCCUCUUAAUGAUCCCACACCGGCUCCUGCCCAACCUGCUGCUGAGCCCCAGGCUGACCAUCCUGCCAUCACAUCAAACCCCAGCCUGCCCACCCGCAGCAGCAGCCGGGCCAGCCGUUUGCUGCGGCCACUGCGGGUGAGGAGGAUCAAGUCAGACAAACUGCACCUGAAGGACUUCCGUCUCCAAAUCCGCAGCCCCACUCAGAAUCCAGUCACCAUUGAACCCAUCACUCCGCCACCGCAGUAUGAAAGUAAGAUGCCUGAAUUACAGUAAGAGCUCUCCCUUAUGUCUCCCUUAUUGCCUGUUCCUGAUGAAUAAAAAUAUCUCUGUGUUAAAUGGACUAAUGAUAACAUUUUUGAAAAAUCCAUUUUCAAGGUUGGUAUUAAAUAGGUUAACUGUGGCUGCGAGCAGCGUGAUGUAGGCCGAGCAGAGUCUUUCCUGAAAUAAGAAUAUUUCAAGUGAAUCUCUAUCAGUGAAGCUUGUGAUAUUUAUUCUGUUCUAAUUCAUUAUUAGGUUUAUGUAAAAGGUUCUGCUUUCACAUAGACCUAAUAAUCAUGCCAUAGCCACUUUCAAACAUAGGACAGGCUUGCAGUUUAAUUUAAUAGCCAACUGUGACAUGUGUUUCACUUUACAGGGAAUUAUUAUUGUUGUUGUUGUAUUUUGAGUCUGAUUAGUUUGGGACAAUUUUGAACCCAUAUCUUUUGAUUCAAAGGGAGGAAAGGGAAACUAAUUACCUUGGAGGUUUUUCAGUGGUCUUAAGUAUCCUAAUUAUCAGAUGGAUCACCUUUCUGUGAUUUCAAAGUGAAGAAAAUGCACUGAGGUCAAAAUUUUGUGACUUAACUGUUUCUUCCUGAAUGUUUUUUGUAAGUUGUUUUUAAAAGCCUUGUCUUUAAGAAAACCAGAGGUAAACUACUGAAUCUUCUAGUAUGGGAUGGGAUAUUGGUAAUUAAGCAUGCCUUGCUUCAAGUGUUUAAAUGUUAAAAAAAAAAAGUGGUGAAUAAAUGUUUUUCUGUUUCAUUUAGAAUCAAGUCUAGGUUUUAUGUUUUUGUUGCC